AUGGGUAUCUGCCCUGACGCUUUUGAUGGAGAUGAACUGCUGAGUUGCAGCUUGGAACAGUUGAAGGACGCGGCGAAUGAGUUUGUAGAGAUCAUGAUAAUGCUGGUGGGCAAAGCAAAUACUCCUGAAGACAAGAUCGGGACGCCCUCGGGCUCGCUCUGUAAACACCCCGCGGGAUCGCCCCGCUACGCCUCGGAUGACUCCGAGAGCGAGUCAGAUGGAUCCAUCAGCAUUCGUCAGAUGUCUCUAGGACCAUCGGGUGGAAGGUUCUUAAAGGACAAGAUCGGACAAGCCAAGAUCGACGCCUAUAAGGGACAAGCCAAGAGCAACAUGCCGCAGAGAUCGGCCAGUACCCGCACUGGGCUGGAGGAUCAAGAAGAGGGCUAUCUAAGUCGGUACUUCAAUUCAGCCAUGAAGAAGUACGAGGCGGAUCAACGUACAUCUCAGCGAAUGAAUCGACAGCCAAACCGCUACCCAGAUCGACGUACUUUGCUCCAACCUUCACACGAAAGCCUUGACAUGCCGGAUGUGGAGAUGGAGUCGGUGGGGUCGGACAUUUACCAACAUAUCCAUGAGGCGGCGGAAUACGACCCGGAUGAUCUAUGGAUGCCCGAACCACGGCGCCCUCAUGUAGCCGCGACCGGUGCGACUACCGGAGGGGGAAGCAUCACGCAGAGGAUCAGAAUAUCAGCGAUUUCUGAGCUUAAAGAAUUCUCAGGGAAGGAUCGGGAAGAAGACAAAGCACGAAACUGGAUCGGCAAAGUGAAAUCAGCGUUUAUCCGGGACCAAGCACCGGACGAGGAGAGAUGUCUGGUCUUCGGUGAUCUCAUGAUGGGCCCAGCCCGCUACUGGUACCGACAGCUGAGUAGAUCGACGAGAUUCAAUUGGAAAGAAUUGAUGAACAGUUUUUCUGUGGAGUAUGCGGGACACGGGAUGUCCGCGAGCAGGCAGUACUACCACGCAAAGAAACGAUCGGAGGAAGAUCCUUUACAGUACCUGUAUCGGCUUAAUGUGAUGGGAAUGCAGGCGAAGAUACCGGUGAUGACUGGAUUGCCAGCUGCGCGCAAGGAACAUGUCAAUCAUUUCAUUGACACCUUGGACGACCCCGAUCUGUCCAAUCAAUUGCUACUGCUGAAUGUAGAAGACGCGGAGGCCAUGCAAAAGACACUGCACGGAUAUCAACAAGGGAGAUCGCGUCAAGGGAAAGUGAUGAUGGGAUCGUCCAAAUUCAGGCAGAAGGGAACUCAGGGUCCAGCUCUGUCUAAGCCUGCACGAGCGGUAAGGAUGGUCCGUACCGAGGACGUCUGCAGCGAGUCAGGAUCGGACACCUGCGGAUCGGAUUUGGAAGAUCGAUUGAAAUCGAUCCAUGUGGCUGCUACUGCGGAUCGCCGUUCAUCCCCCAAUGACGUUGCAGCAAACGCGAGAUCGGUCGACCCGAACACUCGUCAAGACUAUCAAGAUCGCAAUAUGCCAUUGAAGCCGUGUACUCAUUGCGGAUCGACCAAGCAUGGAAAUCUCGGUUGCUGGAAGCGGCUCACUUGCCAGAAGUGUGGGCGUAAAGGACACCCCUCUGACAAUUGUUUUUUCGUGUGUCGUGCUUGCGGUGAGAUGCACGACCCGGAGAAAUGUCCCAUGGAGGAGUUCUAUAACAUGAUCCGUCAGUGGUACGUCCCGAAUAAGCAUGCGGGGAUGCUACCAGAGAAGGCAGAGAAGAUGUUAAACUAG